AUGAUUGAUGAUUCACAAUAAAUUAUAAAGGAAAUGAUCUAAAGUAAUUCGAUACAGCAAUUAAUGGAAUUUAUGAAUAAAGUCAAACCAAAUAUUUUGAAUUUAGAUUGUGGCAAGAAAUAAACAAGUAAUCUUUUAAAUAUGAUCUAAGUUCUACAUAUUGCUGUUCAGAGAAAUGAUUAUUCAUUUUUAAAAUAUCUUGAAUAAUACUCUAUCGACAAUUAUAAGGAGAAUGAGAUUCGAAAAUUAGUUAAUACAUACAAUAUCGAAAUCUUCACAGCCCUUCAUAUUGCAUCUUAUAAUGGAAAUGUGGUAUAUUUAAUUGCAUUUAUAUAAGGAAGCUGUGAAGAUCUUACUCAAUAUAGGUGCUGAUUCUGCUCUAAAAAGUGGGUCUGGCUUAUUACCUAUACAUGCAGCAGCUUAAGGAGAUUAACCAUAUAUGGUGGUAUAAUGUUGUUUUUCUAUAGAAGUGGUAUUGGUUAUAAUAAGGAAUCUCAAUAAAUGUAUAAGAUGAUGCAGGAAAUACUUGCUUGCAUUGGGCAGCGUAUUAGAAGUAUCUUUAUCAUUUUUUAAAGUCUAUAGUUGUGAAUUAACUGUGAGCUUUUUGAUUUCAUUUGGAUGUAAUAUUGAUUGUAAAAAUAAUGAAUAAUAAACUGCAUUACAUAUUGGUGCAUCUUAUGGACAAACUAGAGUUGUAAAAAAACUACUUAUCAAAGGAGCUUAUAGAGAUAUCGAAGUAAUUUGGAAUAAUUUCUAUAUAGGAUGUAGAUGGAAAAUUACCAAUCAAUUUGACUGAAUCUCUAUAAAUAAAGAAAAUGCUUGAAGAUAAAACUGAUUUGGCAUUAUUCUAUAAUUUGAAAUAGCCAUAUCAUCCAAUAAAAAGAAAUAGAAAAUCCAUACUUGUUUAUUACUUUGUCAUAUUAACAUCCCAAAGUUGUAUAGGAUAUAUCUUAUGGGAAAUCUAAGGGAAAUUAUUAUACAUUUUCUUGGUUUUUCUGGCUAUUCUACUAUUAGCUUCUAUGUUAGCAUAAUGUUGUGAUCCAGGAAUAAUUAAAUUGCAUCUCACUAUUGAAGAAGCUAUAGAAUAAUAGAUAGAUCCUAUCAAUAUAUGUCCGGAUUGUUGGGUGAUUAAACCUUAAAGAUCAAAGCAUUGUGAAUUUUGUAAAAAAUGUGUAGUUGUUUAUGAUCAUCAUUGUCCAUGGAUAAACAACUGUGUUGGAGCCAAGUAAAUUAUAUAUUAAUAUUAUGUAGAAAUUUACUCUAUUUUUAUGUUUAUCUUAUUUCUCUAAUCAUAAUCUAGCUAUAUUCAGCAAGUAUAAUAGUUUAUUGUAAUUACAUUUAUUCAUUUUAGACUUUUGCUAAUCUGAUAGCCUAUCUUUGUACAAUUAUCUAAUAAUGCUAUAUCCAAUUAUAAAUAUAUUCAUUUUCAUUACUCCAAUUUUGUAAAUCAUAAAUUCUAUAUAUUAGUCUUUUAUGUAUAUACUAAACAAAGAAUUUAUAUUAUGGUAUCACUACUUAUGAAAGAAUAACUGGAUAAAAGAUAAACAUUAAGUCCAGCUUAUUAGAUCCUUAAGUAAGUAUAAUUAUUUAUAUGCAAUUAGGAAAACAUUUAGGAUUCAUAAUCUGAGGAAUCUAAAGUAGAGCCAUCUAUAUAAAAUUGUUUUAAUUAAUGUUUUAGAAAUAAGAAACAAUUUAAAAAAUAUACAUAAAGUUGA